CACACACACACACACACACACACACUGAAGCCUGAAAAAGCAGCGAAAUGGAUUUUUAGCGCGCUUGUGUGAUGGAUGUAUGAGAGAAGGAUGGAUUCCGUGUACCUGCUUCUGUCUCUUCUCGCUCUCCAAGUGCGUCUCAUCACCGCGGCCGAGAGUAAACACGGUUGCCUGUUUGAGGAGAAUCUGUGUAUGAACUAUGAAAUUUGUGUUAAUGAUGGCAUGUUUGGCCAUUGUCAGAUGAUGAUGGGAACAGAUGUGUACACAUAUGAUAUCACACCAGCGACCCUGCAGAGAUUUCGUACACUACUCUUGAAACUUUCACUUCAAGGCCUUUCAUGGGAAGAUGAUGUCACUCAGCAGGCCCUUCAUAAAGAGUUUUCUAAACUACACAGGAUCCCCCUGUUACCGCCUGACUCAAGACAAAUGGUAAAGACUGCUGCUGUGGAAGAUGAAAGACUGAAGUCACUGGAAGAGAAGCUUAGCAAAAGUCUGCAGAAGUAUUUGCUGAACCUGAGACUGCUGCCUAAACUAGAUGGUCAGAUCACCAAAACGAAGUCUUCUGUGUCACCAGCAUAUUAUCGUUCUGGAAAACCAAACAAUAAACUCGGCUCAAUCCCACCUGAGUUCACCCCAGAUUCACCUUAUCAGUCAGCUACAUUCCCUGACCUUACUCGUUAUCAGAGUGACACAGUGUACAACACACAACAGCAGGAUGAUUCAGACUUCCCUCUUACUGCCCUAAAGCAGUAUGUGUCUCAGAAAAUGGCAUCUGGGCAGAGAGCUAGACCAAAAACAGAGCCAGUAAUCCCAAAGGGUGGAUCCUCACAGUUGCUUGUCAAAGAGCCCCUGACUCCAGUAGAUGAGACCUUUAUCCGAAAUGUUCUACGCAAUGUAGUCAGGCACAAUGUAGAUGUGGCACGUCUGAGUGCAGCAGAACUGGACCAGCUAGCCUCUCUCAUAGCUGAUGCCCUGCAGGUAGUGGAGAAGAAAGCAGAAAAGGGAUACAGACCCAGAGACCUGCAAACAGAUGACCUACAAACUGAGGACCAGGAAACUGGAGAAUUGAUGCUCAAUAAUCAGCAGCCAGUAGCAGAUAAAUGGGAUGAAAAUACCUCAGAGUCAGUACAGCAACUAAGUGAAGAAACUUCACCAAUCAGUCAAAUAUUUGAGACCAUGCCGUCUGUGUCAGGGGGACAAAAAAGGAAGGAGGACAGAUCUAAAGCAGACCAUAAGGAAGUAGAAUUAUUGGGGAAGUUAAUAGAGUAUCUGGAUAAGACCUCCCUCUCGGAGCCGAGCCCACCUGUAAAGGGGCAGGGCAUAUCUGUCGAGAGAGUACACAGCAGGACAACCCAGCUGGAUGUAAAAGUACAGAAGAAGGCCAUGGAACAAGUGGAGGAGGUGGAGGGCUGGGUGGAGGCUGCUGCUCUAGCACCCUCUUCUGUCCGAGAGAUGGAUAUUACCCCACACCGCCAAAAUGUGAAAGUGCAGGAUCUGCAACUUGAUGUACAGACCAACAGUAACAGUGAUGUCUAUGGCUACAUCAUUACAGAUACGGAUUCUCUUCCCACCGAUCAGGGUUUGCACCUGAUGGAGCUGUUGUGUCGCAGAGCAAAGAUCCAGAUGACUGAUUUCCUGGAGCUUUCUGUUGUUGGUCCAGCUGUGACAUUCCAGGUCCGCACUAAUGAUCAGAAUAUCACCACAGCUGCUAUUGCCAAUGUGGCUGUUAGUCAGAAGGCUGCACUAGAGAAGGAGGCUGGUGUCACCAUUUUGGAGGCAGGAGUUACGGAUAAGACUAAAUUGAGUCAAAUUCCUACUAAGUACAGCCACUCAGAAUCUAUGAAGUUCCUCAUCCUUACGGUAAUAUCCAUCGUGUGCAUCACCGUGGUCCUGUUGAUCUCUAGCAUUAUCUACUGUCUGCGCCAUCGAUCGCAUCACAAACUCAAAGAAAAACUCAGCAACCUCAGCACAGACCCCACUACUGAAGCCACAGCUACCUACCAGGAGUUGUGUAGGCAGCGGAUGGCUGUGAAGCCCCCAGUGGAAAGGGCAGAGCUUCGACAGUCCUCUCGCAUCAACAGUGUGUCUUCUCAGCUGAGUGACGGACCAAUCCUUAGCCCCUCUGCCCGAACGAGCACUUCCUCCUGGAGUGAAGAGCCUGCCCACACAAACAUGGACAUCUCUACUGGACAUAUGAUACUGGCAUAUAUGGAGGAUCACCUGAAGAAUAAGAACAGGUUGGAGAAGGAGUGGGAAGCUCUGUGUGCGUAUCAGGCAGAACCGAACACCUGCAGUGUUGGCCAGAGAGACUCCAAUGCCAAGAAGAACCGCACCACUACUAUCAUACCUUAUGAUCAUUCUAGGAUUUGCCUGAAAGUGGAGAACAGCCAAGGCAACUCUGAAUACAUCAAUGCUAGUCCUAUUAUGGAUCAUGACCCCAGGAAUCCAGCUUACAUUGCCACUCAAGGUCCUCUGCCCUCGACUGUUUCUGACUUCUGGCAGAUGGUGUGGGAAAGCGGGUGUGUGGUGAUCGUCAUGUUGACUCCUCUAACAGAAAGUGGAGUUAAACAGUGUUACCACUACUGGCCAGAUGAGGGCUCCAACCUCUACCAUAUAUAUGAGGUUAACCUGGUGUCAGAACAUGUGUGGUGUGAGGAUUUCCUGGUUCGUAGUUUUUACUUGAAGAACAUGCAGACCAAUGAAAGUCGCACAGUCACCCAGUUCCAUUACCACACAUGGCUCAACCAGCAUACACCCGAGACCAGCCAGACUCUGCUCGACUUCCGCAGAAAAGUAAAUAAAUGCUACAGAGGAAGGUCCUGCCCCAUCAUAGUUCACUGCAGUGAUGGAGCAGGGAGGACUGGGACAUACAUACUGAUUGAUAUGGUUCUGAAUAAGAUGGCUAAAGGUGCUAAAGAGAUUGAUAUUGCUGCUACACUGGAACACCUGAGAGAUCAGAGACCUGCCAUGGUUCAAACCAAGGAGCAGUUUGAGUUUGCAUUGACUGCAGUAGCAGAAGAAGUGAACGCUAUCCUCAAAUCCCUUCCUUAGUGAGAAAUCAUGCAGCAAGAGGCAUCCCCUCUUCCUCUCCUGCUUAUUUUCUUCCUCAUUCUCUGCCCGAUUCUCUCUAUCUGGAUAGUGUAUAUAUAUACUUAGAACUGUCAUUCAGAGCCUUUUCCCAAUUUUUAUUUGUUCUGCCCUUGCAGUGCAGACAUUCUACUGAUAUUAAAAAGAUAUAUGUUUGGAUAUAUUAGUCAUAUAGCUUAGAUUUUUACCCACAUAUGAAUGUGCAUUUAAUUUUUGGCCACUCUUACAUGUCUGGUGGCUGGUGGCCCAUGUUUAAUCAUUGUCAAAUGUAACAUUGUGAUAAGCUGCCAAUAGCUUGUUUACAAUGCUGUAAAGAGCAUUUAAUACAUCUGCAUCUAAAAUUAUGCUGCAAUAGUAAUAAAAAGUUGAUUAUUGAUAAUAUAAGAUAUGGAAAGUGCUCUUGAAGAUGUACUUGGUAAAGGCACAAAUGCUGGUAAAUGUAUGUCUGUUUUAAAGGAAUAAAUUCAGUAUCAAGGUCUGCAAAGACAGUUCUAUUUCAUCACUCCUAUCCACCAGAGGCAGUAAGAAUGACCUGCAUACCUUCUUUUGUACAUGUGCAAACCUGCCAAGACAUUCCAACAAAGCACAAAGUGCCCUGUAAUUCAGUAUUUGCAAUAAAUCUUUUUAGCAGCUAGUGUCUACAGUUGGUACGGGUAACUUCCAAAGAUGCGCUAUAGUUUUGCUAAGUAGAGCCACUCACAUUCUCCCUACUGGGUUGGGUUCUCUCUCUGUGCCAUUGCCUCCAUGCAUUUCAUAUGGACUGCCACCUAGUCUGUGAAUACUUGCUGUUAGUGUGGGUGAGAGGUUCUCCCUUACCAUACUGCUUUCAUCCUAAGCUUAAUAAGUUAGCUGGACUCUAACUCGUGAAUACCAGAUCUGGAGCCAUUUCCAUUUUUGAGCUGUAUAAAGGCAGCCUCAUCUCCCCUGAUGGCCAGAGGCAUCAGGAUACUGCCAUAUUUCGAUCCUCUGCACCCUACUAACGAGAAGGCUAUUCGGGACACAUACACCCUACUGAGAACACUGUGUGGUGCUCUGUGUCAUGGUGAACUCAGAAGAGGCAGUGUCCACAGUGCUGUACUGAAGGCCAUUAAGGCCACUCUUUACAAUCCAAUACAAAUGCCAAAUUGAAAACUCUAAAAACCUUUUGCUAGGGAUCACUUCAGUAUAGAUUAUAUGUGGCCACAUGACUCUGGGGUGACACUGGGGCUAAACCUGGGUUUUCUACUCAAAGUCAUAUCAACCAAUCAACUUUGUGGUCCCCAGUACAGACCCUACAGUACUAUUUAGACUGAACAGCAGCCAUCUGAUCCGCAGACCAUAUUACUAAAAUGUUAUAUGUUUGGAUAUAUUCAUAUAGCUUUAGGUUUUAACCUACAUAUAAAUUCAACCACUGAGUGGUGGACAUCAUCAACAGGGCCUGUGGAGGGACUGAUUCUAUGAACAACGGGUAACCACCAGGGUUCUUUGUCAUUUGGAACCAGCUUUGACCCAACACAAAGUCUUAGAGAAGGUUCCAGGGCAAAAUAAUUGAAUAACAAUGUAAUUUAUUGCAAAUAAUGCAUCAUGUUUCACUUUAUUACUUUGUUGCAAGGUCUUGGCAUAUAUACAGUGGUGCUUGAAUUUUAUAUAUAUCUGCAUAACUAUAACCUAAAACCUAAAAAUCAUCAAAUCCUAAGUCAGACCAUCAGAUCAAGUCCUAAAAGUAGACAAAGAGAGCCCAAUUAAACAAACGAUACAAAAAUAUUAUACUUGGUCAUUUAUUUAUUAAUGAAAAUUAUCCAAUAUCUACAUAUCUGUGAGUGGCAGAAGUAUGUGAACCUCUAGGAUUAGCAGUUACUUUGAAGGUGAAAUUAGAGUCUGGUGUUUUCAAUCAAUGGAAUGGAAAUCAGGUGUGAGUGAGCACCUAGUUUUAUUUAAAGAACAGGGAUCUAUCAAAGUCUGAUCUUUACAAUACAUGCCAAGUGUAUCAUGGCACAAAGAAAUGAGAUUUCUAAGGACCCCAGAAAAAGAAUAGUUGAUGCUCAUCAGGAUGGAAAAGGUUACAAAACCAUCUCCACCAAUCCACAUUCUGACAGAUUGUGUACAAAUAGAGGAAGGUCAAGAUCACUGUUACCCUCCCUAGGAGUGGUCAGCCAACAAAGAUCACUCCAAGAGCAAGAUGUGUAAAAGUCCAUGAGGUCACAAAUGAACCCAGGGUAACUUGUAAGCAACUAACGGUUUCUCUCACAUUGGCUAAUGUUAAAAUUUCAUGAGUCCACCAGCAGGAGAAUACUGAACAACAAUGAUCUACAUGGCAGGGUUGCAAGAAGAAAGCCACUGCUCUCUAAAAAGAACACAGUUGCCCAUCUGCAGUUUGCUAAAUAUCUGGGCAAGCCAGAAGGCUACUGGAAAUGUUUUGUGGAAGGAUGAGACCAAAAUAGAACUGUUUGGUUUAAAUGAAAAGCAUUAUGUUUGGAGAACGGAAAACACUGCAUUCCAGAUAAGAACCUUUUCCCAUCUGUGAAACAUGGUGGUUGUAGAAUCAUGGUUUGGGCCUGUUUUGUUGCAUCUGGGCCAGUACAGCUUGUCAUCAUUGAUGGAACAAUGAAUUCUGAAUUAUACAAGCAAAUUCUAAAGGAAAAUGUCAGGACAUCUGUCCAUGAACUGAAUCUCAAGAGAAAAUGGGUCAUGCAGCAAGUCAACAACCCUAAGCACACAAGUCAUUCUCCCAAAUAAUGGUUAAAGAAGAAUAAAGUUAAUGUUUUGUAAUGGCCAAUCAAAUUCCUGAAAUUAAUCCAAUAGAAAUGUUGUGGAAGGACCUGAAGCAAGCAGGUCAUGGGAGGAAACCCGCCAACAUCCCAGAGUAGAAGCUGUUCUAUACUGAAGAAUGGGCUGAAAUUCCUCCAAGCCGAUGUGCAGGACUGAUACUGAACUCGUGUUGAUAUUUAUGUAAAGCUGCUUUGAGACACCGUCUAUUGUAAAAAGCGCUAUACAAAUAAAAUUGAAUUGAAUUGAAUUGAAU